UCUCACACAAACACACUAUCAAGGCCAAAUAUCUCACAUAAACACACCAUUAAGGCCAAAUAUCUCACACAAACACACUAUCAAGGCCAAAUAUCUCACACAAACACACUAUCAAGGCCAAAUAUCUCACAUAAACCCACCAUUAAGGCCAAAUAUCUCACACAAACACUAUUAAGGCCAAAUAUCUCACACAAACACACUAUUAAGGCCAAAUAUCUCACACAAACACACUAUUAA